AUGGGCACUGAGAACGUGGUGGUCAGAGACCUUCAGCAGCAUUUACGGAGAAAUGACGUGGAUGACAGAGCAGUGGAGGGAAGCUACAUCACAGGAGCAAGUACCGCGAACCAGAGAAUUGAGAGCUGGUGGGGAGUGAUGCGAAAAGAAGGAAUCGAACCCUGGAUCACGCUUCUGGCAGAACUGAAGGAUGAGGGAUUCUUUGCUGGGGAUUUCAUUGACAAAGCUCUGUCACAGUUCUGUUUCAUGCCAAUCAUUCAGGUAAAUAGCCUAUUAACUCUACAUUAACUUCAUGUAAUCUUAGAGAUUUAAGCCACUGUGAGUUUCUUUAUUUAAUGUGUGUGAUGUAUUGAUUCUUUUAGGCUUUUUUAUGCACUUUUGAAGGCCGUUUUCUUUUUUCCCUUUUCUUUUCUUCCUCUUCCCUUGUCUCGCUACGAGAUGCGGUCGUCGCCAUGUUUGUGUAUAUCUGAUACUAUGGCAACGAGACUCGGCUCCUAUUGGUCCACGUGACAAAAAUCGCUUCACCCCUCUGCAUAUUCGAUUGCGCGUGUGCAAGUAUCACUGCGCCGAAAGGAAAUAGUUCGGCAACAAAACACUGAUUACUAAAAAUCUACAGGAUGUAUGAGUAGAUAUUUUUUUAGUACUUACUAUCAAUAGAGCUAUUUUAUGAAUCACAGUUUAUGUUGCCCCACUGAAGUGGAACGAGCUUCACUCUCUAGGCACUUUUUCCUCUGUCCCAAUACAGCCUAUUUAGGCUGUUGUGAAAAUAAGACACAUCACAAUGUAAUUUAAUCUACUUUUAUUUGCUUAACACAAACUUUUGUUUUUCUUACUAACUGCAAAUGCAGAGAAGAAAGAGGACUAUGUUUCAUUUAUUAUAGGCCCUAAUCACUGUUUAAAAAUGCACUGCAUGCCAGCUGUGAAUGAAUUGUACUUGUUUCUUCAACAGGAGGUAUUAAAUGGCAUCCGGGGUGUUUGGAAUGCUCACCGUAUAAGGCCAUCCAGGAACACCAACGUGCCCAGUGGGACACCUGAUGUCAUGUACAUGGCCCUCACCUUUGGGGUGCAGAAGACUGCCUUUUUCCACUGA